GCAAGAUGAAAUACAGCAAUGUUGGUAAUUGCGAUUUUUCACUUUGAACGAUGGAAAGAUUCUACGCUCAACAAUGAGGCCAGGCACAUUGUUUCAACUUUUGUUGACCAUCGGCUUUACAGCUGAAUUAAUAUUUGGCCUCAAUCCUUUAAGAAGACAGUACUAUGUACACUCAAAAAGGGUAACGCCCGAAUAUACAGCCGAUGUCAUGUCUAACGUGAAAAUAGCGAAGGAUUCCAUACCCAGAUACUCAUUUAAAUGCAGUGGUGUACUUUCCAAAGCGGAUGUUUGUUAUAUCCAUAACAGUAAUUAUCUAAAUUAUCAAACUGGAGUGUUAAGAAAUACGAAUUUCACUCUUUGGAGCAACGCUAAGAAUGUGGAUGACGUCUUCCGAACAUUGUGCGACUCUCUUAAAUCAAAGAAAACUACCUUUAAUGAUUUACAAAGUCGUUUGGUGGAUGCAGGUCUUACGUUGGAUGGUUGUAAAACGCCUGAGGAUGUUGUUUUAAGGGUGGCUAAAUUGGAGGUGCUUGGAAAGGACUGCCUUGAUCAUGAGAUUAGAAAAUCUGACCCUAAUUUUCAGUCGAUAUUUGAUGAUAUCAUGGAUUCCAAUAGGGUUGAUUAUAAUAGGUUAGAUGACAUGAAGAAGCAAGAGUAUAUGGAUGAUGUCAAGAACUAUUUGAAGUCGAAAAAUAUUAACUAUGACCAGAAAGCUAGUGACGAGGAGUUACUUGAAUUGAAGUCCGAGUGUGAAUCUUUGGAGAUGUUAGAUUACCAACUACCACGUACUAAGCGCGAUAACGAAAUGAGCCAACGCAUAGACUCCUAUAGAGAUGAGGCAAGUUCUAUAUUUGCAAUAUAUAGAAAAAUUAACGAUGAUAGGAUGCGUCACUAUUUCAUAUCACAGGUAAAGGGCGAACUGGAGUCGCAUUCGACAGAUUUCAAAGACUGCAAGAAGAACGAGGAUUAUAUUAAUAGAUUAGCCUAUAGCAGAGUUUUCCGCCGAGAGGUUAAAGAGCCCAAAACUUCACGUAGGGCGCCAGAAGCAUCUAUUAAAGAUAAUUGGAACGCCAUUCCUAUAGACGAUUUUGAUUCAUUAAAGGCCAUGUUUAGCUUGGAUGAUGGCAAUGAUAUUUUUAAUUUCAACGACGGUUUAUUCUCCAAUGACUCUGAUGUUUCUGAGUUAUUCGGGGACGAAGAGUCUAUGAGUGGAGGGUUUUCUAUGCUUAAAGAUAUCGCAAAGAUGUUCGGUGUUGAUUUGGGGAAAGACAAAAAACGUAAGAUAAUCUUCGAAAACGAAGAUGGACCAAACAACAAUCAAAUAGCCAAUUCUUCGGAUGACACUAGCAACUCCGUGGAAGAAGUUGAUCCAAAAAUGCAACACAUAUUUGCGAAAGUUAGCCAGAGUGGAGAUCAGAUAUUACAACAGAUGCUAAGCAAAUGUGCAAAGGACCAAAACCUUUGCGCUGCACUUAAAACAGCUUUUGACAACGGAUAUGAAGCUGCACGGGCAGCGUAUACGGAUAAUAAGCCUGCUUUGUACAUUCUAGAGAAGUUUCAUGAACGUGGUAUUUUUUAGUGUGUAAAAUUACGGAUGCGAGGAGUGUAA